UUUCUUCUUCGUGCCCAACGUUUACUUUCAUGCCGGUCGGUUCGAAGAGCAGGUUCUAUCUGGUGAAAUACGUUCUUUCUCUCUCCUCUCACACAUAUAUUGUGCGAAUUGCACACUCGCCUUUCUCAUGCCUGCAUCUUCGCCGCUCUCGAAUGGAUCCAGUUUUCAACGGAACCAAAUGGUUGUUUCCUAAACCAGUGGCGUCCCAAAUAUCUGUAUGUCUCAGGAUCGUCAAAGGUCGUUGACCCACAAGAAAUUAUUAUUACUCAGCUGAAAUGUUUGCGGUGAACAAGAGCACUAGUGAUGUGCUUAGCAGUUUAUUUCUGAUCAUCCAUUAUUCACAAUGCAGUUAGUAUCAAACAAUAGAUCCAUAUCAGAUAUUUCAGAGACAGAACCCAUCUUACGUCUGUCUGAUGUGGAACAAAGAUCUGAAGAGUCUUCUUCUUCAUUUGAAAUAAGAACUACAAUCCAGGAUUUUUCUUCAAGUACAAAUGAUGCUCAAAGGAUUGAUAUAGAUGAAAGUUGUCACCUAGUGGAUGCAGAUCAAUCGCAAUGCCGAAUAUGCCUUGAUAUUGGAGGAGAUGACCUUAUUGCACCUUGUCAUUGCAAAGGCACCCAGAAAUAUGUGCACAGGUCAUGUCUUGACAAUUGGAGGUCAACUAAGGAGGGUUUUGCUUUUGCUCACUGUACAGAGUGUCGAGCAGUGUUCAUAUUACGUGCAAAUGUUCCACCAGAUCGCUGGUGGUUGAGAUUAAAAUUUCAGUUUCUUGUUGCAAGGGACCAUGCAUUCAUUUUUAUCAUUGUUCAACUGAUUGUGGCAUUGUUAGGUGUCCUGGUCUACAAAUUCUAUGGAGAGGAACUGAGAGAGAUGUUUGGCUACGAUGAACAUCCUUAUGGGUUUUACACAAUGGCUGUUUUAGCUGUUGUUUUGGUGGGAUUACUCUAUGGUUUUUUUAUAGCAAUAAUAUGUGGGCAGAAGAUCAAUGAACGCCACCACCAUGUCCUGGCCAAACAAGAACUGACCAAGGAGUAUGUGGUUGAAGAUCGAGAAGUCAAUAAAGAUGCACCAGAACUUGAUCCAAACCACAUCACUGAGCUGAGAAUGUUGGGACUCUAUUGAGUUGAAAUAUGUGGCUUCUAUUGAUAAUACUGGCUCACAGGUUAUGCAUAUUUCUGGUUUGGGACUGAUGGCUCCCAUGAUUGAAGAACAACACAUAGUGAAAGUCAAUUUUUAUUUUUGUAUCACAAAUCUUACUUUUUCAUAUGACUUGUUUAUUUUUCAUCACAUUCAUGUGUCAUUUACAAAAAUACUAGUAGGAUGAGAGAAGGUGUUGGUAUUCCAUCCAUUUCCUUUUAUUUUGUUGCAUCAUAUGAGGCUUUAAAUUUGAUCUCCAAAGUAACAAGUUUAUUUAUUUAUUUUUUGUAACUUACAGAUA